AUUGUUUAAUCGUAUUUGAAAAAGCUUUUCCUUAAUUAAGUAAAAUAGAAUGGAUUCAGUGGCCGGUGCACUUUUGUCUCAGGAGGAAGAACAUGCUGCAGUCAACUGUUGCAUUAAUAUACAAAGGAGAUUGCUACGAGACAGUUCUGAUCCAUUUAGCUUAAAUGAUAAAAUAUUUGUAAAAAAUUUCCGCCUCAACAAAGACGCAUUUAAAAGCGUUUUAACAAUUAUCGAGGAAGAGCUUGGGCGAAGUGUAAAAUCAUCAUCGGUGACUCCUAUAAGUAGAUUGAUGGCAGUUUUGAGCUACCAACACGGUUUUGGGAAAGAUUUUGAUGUGGGGUUGGCGCAAUCCACGUUCUCAAAAACAUUGACAAAAACUUUAAACAUCUUGGAGCGCCGACUGUGCCCAGUAUGGAUUAAAUUGUCAAUGACGGAGGAGGAGAAUAAACGAGCCAAAAUGUGGUUUUACAGGAGAACGCAAUUGCCUGGCGUUAUUAUGUGUGUGGACGGCACGCACAUUAAAAUACUUCCUCCUGCAGACGAACCGUAUUUGUACUACAAUCGUAAGGGAUACUACAGCCUAAAUGCAAUGGUGAUUUGCGAUAACAAGAUGCAAAUAAGGUGUGUUGAUGCUCGGUUUCCAGGCAGUAGCCACGACUCACAUGUGUGGAAUGUAAGCGCUGCAAAAACCUAUUUUGAAGAGAGAUAUCGGCGAGGAGACAAAACAACUUGGAUAUUAGGUGAUGCUGGAUAUCCAUUACAGCCGUGGUUAAUUACACCAUUUCGUUCUCGCCUUCAACAAAACGCACAGUAA